GCCCUUCUCCAGAAGACCAGCCUGUCACACGAGUCACCGCGACGAAGCUUCGGCUGGCAGUGGGAGACGGGCGGGAAGGAAGCAUGAAGCGUCGCGAUCAGACCAAAGGAGGGUGACAGUCGUAACGCCUCACCGCCGCCGCUCGGCAACCCGUUUCUACCGGCCCCGUCUCCCACACUCAGCCGCCGCCACUCUCCGACUGCCAACAUGCAGCUGCAGAGGCGGGUUUCCUAGCCAACCUUUUUUCCGCUGGCGAACCCUCCGCGGGUCGGGUGACUUGCUUGAGUGCUCUGCCUCUGAAGCCGCCAGCAGACAAAAAUCGAGGGAGUAGCCCGGCAGAGCGGAUGGUGCCGCCGCCGCCGCCCUGUUGCCGGGAAGCCUUUUGUAGCUGGCAGAGGAAAAGCGGGCCGGGCUCUCUGCUGCCGCGACUUGAAGCGCAACGUGUUGCGUUUGGUGAUUCUGCAGCUGCUCCUUCUUUCUGCUACAAUGUCUGCAGCCGCUGCCCCCUCCCAGUCACCCUCCUCUCCUGGUGCAAAGAGGUCCCCCCCCUUCUGCUGCGGCUGCUGCUUUCAGCUUAGCCAAUUCCAGAUGUUUAAUCGGAGACCUUAAAGGACCUCUAGCAGACGCGACUGCGUCCAGCCGAUUCUUUCCUGUGGCGCUUCGCUCCCUUCUCUGUUUGGCUGCGGCUGCAACUCCCCUUCUCUAACUGCUCUGCACCUUGCAGCUGCUGCAGAUGGAAAAUUCCGUGCAAGCGCCAGAAUAAUUACUCCAAACAAUUCCAUCGCUCCUCCCUUAUUUUGGGGGGUAGGUGGGUGGUGUGCAUUAUACGCAGGGGUGCAGCAGGCUCCCUUUUAGACUAAAGGGAAGAUGCAACGGGAAGGCCAGUAAACAGCGGCUUUCCAUCUGUCUUCAAUAAUCUCCAUUCAUUUUGCCGAGUCAUCCUUUGGCUCCCUCCUCAGCUUGGGACCAGGAGAGGACCUCCCUCCCCGCAAAAAACUUCAAUAAGGCUGGGACCAUCCGCGGCUCAGGAUCUUUGGCGAGGCGGCGGCGACGGCGAAGCUUUCUCCGCUGGAGGAGCCCGGUGGUGAGUGCCAUCCGCCCCGCAGCCGCUUAUGCAACACAUCAUCGAAAACCAUCCCGACAUGGCAACGGCGCUGCUAGCUGGGGAGAAACUCAAAGAGCUGAUCCUGCCCGGGCCGCAGGACGACAAGUCGGGCUCUCUGGCAGCGCUGCUGCUGCAACUCAAGCUCGAGCUGCCUUUCGACCGCGUGGUCACCAUCGGCACUGUCCUCAUCCCCAUCCUGCUGGUCACGCUGGUCUUCACCAAGAACUUUGCCGAGGAGCCAAUAUACUGUUACACACCCCACAACUUCACCCGUGACCAAGCCUUGUAUGCCAGAGGAUACUGUUGGACAGAACUAAAAGAUGCCUUGCCAGGAGUAAAUGCCAGCCAUUGGCCCUCCUUGUUUGAGCAUAAGUUCCUUCCAUAUGCCCUGCUGGCUUUUGCUGGCAUUAUGUACAUUCCGGCACUUGGCUGGGAAUUCCUAGCCUCCACCAGACUGACUUCUGAACUUAACUUUUUGCUCCAGGAGAUAGAUAACUGCUACCACCGAGCAGCUGAAGGCCGCGCACCAAAAAUAGAAAAGCAAAUCCAGUCCAAAGGCCCUGGGAUUACCGAACGAGAGAGAAGAGAAAUAAUUGAGAAUGCCGAAAAGGAAAAGAGCCCAGAGCAAAAUUUAUUUGAAAAAUACCUGGAACGGAGAGGGCGGAGUAAUUUCUUAGCCAAACUUUACCUUGCACGACAUUUGUUCAUCAUAUUUUUAAGUAUCAUCCCAAUCACGUACUUGUCCACCUAUUACGCUACACAAAAGCAAAAUGAGUUUACAUGUGCUCUGGGAGAACCUCCUGACAAAACCAGCAAUUCUAAACUGCUCAUCAGAGUGAACUGCAAGCUGCCGUCAGUUCAGCUACAGCGCAUAAUUGCUGGGGUAGACAUUGUCCUCCUCUGCUUCAUGAACCUGAUUAUUCUCAUCAAUUUAAUUCACCUCUUCAUAGUCCGCAAAUCCAACUUCAUCUUUGAUAAACUGAACAAGGUUGGCAUAAAGACUAAAAAGCAAUGGCAGAAGUCUCAGUUCUGUGAUAUCAAUAUUUUGGCUAUGUUUUGCAAUGAAAAUCGAGACCACAUCAAGUCACUAAACCGCCUGGAUUUUAUUACCAAUGAGAGUGACCUGAUGUAUGACAAUGUGGUGCGCCAGCUGCUUGCGGCGCUCGCCCAGUCGAAUCAUGACGUUACACCAACAGUGCGUGAUUCUGGGAUACAAACUAUAGAUCCCAGCAUUGAUCCUGCGGAAAUUGACCCUAAUGAACCACUGAUCAUUAAACGACCUCGGAAGAAAAUGAAAUGGAUCACAAGCAGCAAUCCUCUUCCUCAGCCAUUCAAAGAGCAGCUAGCUAUUAUGAAGGUUGAAAAUAACAAGCCUGAGAAGCCUAAGCCAGUACGUCGGAAAACGGCAGCAGACAGUCUGGCUGCACCCUUGCUAGAGUCCAGUUCAAAGAGCUCUCAGCCAUCAUCAGCCCACAAAAUUGAACCUAGCACCUUGCAUAGCACAGGUGGUGAGAAGAAGCAUACACGGCACUUUUCCUUAGACGUUCAUCCAUAUAUACUUAGCAGUAAAAAACCCAAGCCAGAGAUCCAGCCCAUUACCUCUAUGGCAACAUCCAAAAGCCAAGGAAGUGGAUUUCUAAACCAAGAUGAGAAAGUCAUAGUACAUGUCGCCUCUUCUCUCAAAGACUCUUCCCUACCUGGAAAAGAUGCUCUGUACUCUCAUGACACAUGCAGGAGUGUGCCUGCCACUGGGACUUUCCUCACCUGUAAUCACAAGCAUAUAGCAACUUCUGGUGCUGCAACAAAUGUCACCCUGGCCCAGGUCAGCAAGGUAGAACCUGUGCCUGCCCUAAACUGUAACCCUGUACACCCUCUUCUGCACAUUAAUACACUGUAUGAGGACCAUGAAGAAGAGGUGUCGAAUCUUAUAGACGAUUCUUUAGACAAUAUAAUUCCCUCACCAACAGAUGCUGGAGACAUAAUCUCCAUACCUUCUGCAAAGAAAAUCAUGUUGGCAACAUUUGAUGAGCCACUGGCAAUAGUGAACUCUGUUGAAUAUUGAAGAUCCAGAUGCUGAUAAAAGCUUGAACUUGUUGGCCCGCCUCCCAGUACCACUGUAAUGUGAACCAUACUACACCACAAAUGCUGCCCACUGCAUGAGCAUGGAGUGCUGAGAUGCAGAGCAUAGGUUUCACUAAUACUCCAAAUCGGUCGUUCAGGGUAGUGUCAUCACUGCUAUCAAUAGCUUGCAAAAUGUAAUGACAAUGGCAAUAAUGCCAACCAAAUUAUUGUAUGCUUGGAACCAAGACACAAAGCACAAAGCCAUUCACUGGAUUAAUGGAUUUAGUGUAGAUCAUGACACCGAUCCAAACAUGUCAAGUGCUUGAGCGCAUGUCACACAGUGUUUCUUAUGUAAAGCACUUACAGCCUUGAUACUCCAGCUCUCUGCAUAAAGUAACAAAACACAUACUUGUAUGAUACGUAUUACUCCAUUUUAAGAGGCAGGAGUUAAAUAGUGUUUUGUCUAUUUGAACACUAUUGAACAGUUAGUUCACAGUUGAACGCAAGCUAUGUUUUGGUUUCAUGGGUACUGGGCUUGCCAGCCCACUGGCUUAGGGGCCAACUGGACUCACACCAGCAUCCAUGCACAGAGAGUUGAAACCUGUCAGCCUGCUGCACUUAUGAACGAAAAUACCAAGAGCUACGCCCUGCCUUUUAAUCAUAUUUAUAUGUGCUGUGAGAGAUGAUGAAAACGAAGAGUUUAUUUUUUUAAGUCUA